AUCGGCUGGUGUUACUCCCAGCUCCAACUGUCUGGGAAACUGUCCACCCACCAGAAUGAGCUCGCUCUCUCCCAACUGACCCCUAUCCUGACCCUGAUAUUCUUCUCGUCACCAACUCAGGGAAAACCCCGCAUACUCAUCGCCGCAACUCCACCUUCCACCUGAAUCCCACCUCCGCCCUCUGGCAUCAACCACGACAACCACCAUGUCGGUCUGGAACCCCGACAACAUUCGCGACGUCGCCGAAUCGGUCGGCAUCGUCAACCUCAACAACGAUGUCACCGAAAACCUGGCCCGCGACGUCGAGUACCGCAUCGCCCAGGUCCUCGAAGAAGCCCUCAAAUUCAUGCGCCACAGUCGACGCACCCUCCUAACGACACAAGAUAUAGCGCAGGCGCUGCGGGUGUUGGAUGUCGAGCCGCUCUAUGGAUACGAAGCUACCAGACCGCUGCGCUUCGGCGAGGCAUCCCUCGGGCCCGGGCAGCCGCUGUUCUACGUGGAGGACGAGGAGGUGGAUUUCGAGAAGUUGAUAAAUGCGCCGCUGCCCAGGGUGCCUCGGGAGAUCGCUUUCACAGCACACUGGCUCGCCGUUGAAGGCGUACAGCCGUCCAUCCCCCAGAAUCCCACCGCCGCCGACUCGAGAAACCUGGAGUUGAUGUCCAAGGGGCCCAACUCCAGCUCCACCCUGGCCGCCAUGAGUGGCGGAGGAAAUGUGUCCGUGAAGCCCCUGGUCAAGCAUGUGCUGUCCAAGGAGCUGCAGCUCUACUUCGAGAAAGUCUGCAACGCCUUCCUGGACGAUUCCAGCGAGGAAUACCGGACCUCCGGCUACGCCAGUCUACGAGAGGACCCCGGUCUCCACCAGCUGGUGCCGUACUUCGUCCAGUUCAUCUCUGAGAAGGUGACCCACGGGAUGAAGGACAUCUUCGUCCUGACCCAGGUGAUGCACAUGGCCGAGGCUCUGGUGCAGAACCAGUCCCUUUACGUGGACCCCUACAUUGCCUCACUGGUCCCGCCCAUUCUGACCUGCCUGAUCGGUCGGCAGCUGGGUGGCAACGCUGAGUUGUCCGAGCAAGUGGCCCUGCGCGACCUGGCGGCGUCGCUUCUGGGCCUCAUUGCCAAGAAAUACUCCAAUUCGUCGCACACGCUCAAACCACGCCUGGCCCGGUCCUGCCUGAAGACCUUCCUGGACCCGUCCAAGCCCUUUGGGGCGCAUUACGGGGCCGUGAUCGGACUGCAUGCGGUGGGCGGCGCGGAGGGGGUGCGGGUGCUGAUCCUCCCGAAUCUGCCGACCUAUGGCAACCUGCUCAAGGACGGGCUGGCGGACGACAGCUCGCGGCGGCCGGAGGCAGAAAAGGUGCUCACCGUGCUGCUGGGGGUCCUGGCCACGCUGCGGGAGGGACAGACGGCGCUUGCCAACGGACACGGCGGCGUGGUGACGGAGGAUCUACGCGAGCGGCUGAGCAGCCAAGUGGGCGACUUCCUGGCGAGCAAGAUCAGUGACGCGGGGGAGGUCGACAUGGCGCGUGCGAUAGUGGGGUGCUGAAUCUGGCUGCAGGGAGGAUUUUCUAAAUUUGCAAGGUGAGGUGCACAUAUACAGAGUUUAAAAUGGCGGUGGAAAGCAAGCAUGGACGGACCGGACCGAACGGCGUUUGGGAUGGAUGGAUGGAAGGGG